UAUGACAUAUCGCUAAAAAUUAUAUCACAGGUGUUGCGAUUGCGAAACAGCGUUUUUAUGUUUCUUACUACAUUUAUCUUGCAUUUCAAUUGAUUUUAAAAAAUCGUAAUCAGUUUGUUUUAAAAUUUUAUAAUUCCUAAUAAGUUUUAAAACUUUAUUUUACCUAAUUAAAGACGAUGGGUGUAAUUAAAAAAUCCCACAUCAGUAAUCCAUUUUCUGAUUCUAUUGAAGAUGUAUUGGAAAACAUUGGUGAUGAGGAACAGCAAGAACAUUCAGAACCCGAGAUUCGUAGACCACGGAAAAUAAAGCAUAGAGCUCCCCGUCCUCAUCCAGUCGGAGGCAUCCUUGUUUCCAAUGGCAAAAGUGGCAAGAAAAAGAAAAGAGUUGAAAACUCUACUUUUUUGCUGUCAUUGGCUGAUCCAGAUGAAAUUCAGGAACUGUCCAUUCACGAUUUCAUCAAGCCAUCUAUGUCUGUCUUCACUGAAUUUUUCAUGAGGAAGGAUGACAUUGAAAUUUGGAAUGAAUUUAUUAACUGCACACAGGAUAAUGAAAAGUGGUUUAUAAAAAAUGUUACUAUAGAAGUUGAAGAAUCUAAUGAGAGUGCAACAAAUUAUGAUGGUCGUUGUGAUCAUCCUGCAUAUUCUGCUUCCAUCUGCUUUCGAAAAAUUGAUGGAGAUCUUAGAUUGAUGCUCAAAAAAAAGCAUGUGCCUAUGGGAACAUUAAUGCAUUUAGAGAGAGAGUUGGUGACAUUUUUUGUGAACCGUCCAAAUUCCAUAUAUCAUUGCCAGAUUCCCAAUAGCUUUGAGAGGCUUAUGAUUCAUGCUUUGAGUCAAUACAUGGAUUUGUCAUCUUUAAGUUACAACAGAAGUGGGGAGCGUUGGACAAGAGUGAGAAACAAGCAUCUGGAAUUUUACCUUCCACCCAUUUUAUUGUCAACUUAUCUUGAGAAGAGGCAUAAUCCCAGAAAUUAAGUUCUCACUUUCCACUUGCCUCAGCUUCGUCCAUUAUUUCAUAACCAGCACAAUUUGCUAUUUUGUACAUACAUAUAUUUAUAUAAAUUUUUAAAUUAUGUUUUUGUUGUAAUAUAUUGUAUAUUUUAUGUUAUUUUAAAUAUUAAUGAUCAGUGCAUUUUAAAUUUGUCUGUCACAAAGCUUUUACUGUUUGUAACAGCCACCACUUUAAAAGUUACGGCUCAAAAGGUUAGUUUUUAAUCCUCUCUAAAUCCAGUUGUAUGCUUUCAUAUACUGCAUUACAUGUGUUAAGUUUAAAAUUAUGUCGUAUACAAAUCUUCUAAGAUGCUCUUUUUAAAUGCCAUUCACUCACUGUUUUGCUGUAACUCAUUUGCAUAGUAGAAAAACAUAAGUGUUUGAAUAUUAUGUUAGAAUAAUUUUUUAGAAUUCAUAAAUUCAAUGUGUCUUAUUGAAUGUUUAUAACCAUUUCUUUUAUUUGAUAUGCUUUAAAAUUGUUACAAGUAACAACGAAAUUAUUCUACUUUAAAACUGCCAUAAAUAAAUAUACCCAAGUGCGGCAUGCAUUGUGUUUGCUUCAAUAAAUUCUCAAACAGAAAAUAAAA